CUCAUCACUAUCGUUAGUUUUGCUGACCGUACGCAUAUCAUGUACGAGAGAUCCAAUUACCAAUUUAGUGGUGAAGUGAAAAUUACUAAAUAAAGCGUGCCACUCUGCAUGUGGAUACUUAAGGUCGAACAAGGACGGUGUGCGAUUUGUACGUUAAGGACUCGCGACUGCGUCUCUUCUUCCACCUUCCAAAUAUAUACGAUGCUGUUUUAAUAAUAUAGAAGACCUUCAACGUGACCCGGCAGACCACCACCUUGGUGGCUGUGUGCCGACGAUCAACUUGCUGACUGAAUUGUUCGUCUCGCAAGUCGCCUCUCUUUUUGUUUCUUGUUUUUUUCUUCUUUCGUUUCGUUUUUUUCUUUCUUUCCGUCUGUGUGAUUGAAAGUCGAGAUAGGAGCAAGAAGCGGCACAGCUUCACCUGUUUUCUGCGGCGACACGACGACGCAGGUAGAUGCGACACACGCUGAGAGUGAGAGCAACAGAGCCGCCAAAAGAUAUUCUCGUUUCGCCAUAUUCUGCCAAUUCGAUGCAUAAAUUGCUGGCCGCAGCGCUUUUGUGUGUGUGUUUGUGUGUGUCCACAUCAUAACUUAUACGUUUGCAUGUCUUUUUUUAUUUUUUGAGGGGCGAUAGAGAAACGGGCCGUCCUUUUUUUUUUCUCUUCUCCUCCCCCAUCGCACACGUUGAAUAUACACGAUAGAAGAAAAAGAAGAAGAAGAAGAAGAAAAAAAAGAAGAAAGAGACAGGACAGACAUCCGAAUGGGGCAUUGGGAAAUGGCCCAGCGACCUCCGGCCCAUUGGCACCGCCACUCCAAUGGUCGGAGGGGGGGCUCGUCUAUAGAUGCGGCACCCACAAGAAGCCACUCAGACAUUGGGAAAAAAAAAAAAAGAAUAAAAAAAAAAGAUGCCAAAGAGGCAGAGAGUCACACACACAGACACACUUCUUUUUUCUAGUGGCAAUGCUCCCAAUCAUCCCGUUGAUUUCCGAUCGAUCGCAAUUGCCGUGUCUCCGUGUCACCUGUUCACAUCGCCGGCGCUCAUUGUUUGUCCGUCGAAACGGAGGGGGGGCUGCCGUGUGACUGACGGCCAAAUUUCAUUGACGAAUUAAAAAGAAAAAAUGACGGCCAUGGGCCAUACGAUGGUGACCGUGUCGUUAUUGCUGCUAGUUAUGUCUUGUUCGAUGGGCAACCAACAUUCGGCUGUUGCCUUUUCAGAAGAAUCGCUGAAAGAUCUCAGUCGAUUGCCUCAUUUUCAACGUCACUGGUUGCAACGACUCGAUCAACAGGCCAACACGAAACGCAAUUUGAAUACGAGGCUGACGACCGCAUUGCCCAGCAGCACAACAACAACAACAACGACGACGACCACCGCCACUUUGAUUGAGACGACUGACGAUUCGUUGGAAGAGGUAGGGGAAAGAGAUGAAAGAGUAACGACUAGCGGCCCGUCAGUGGUUAGCCGGCAUGCGGAUGGUGGAGUGGACCGUUCAUCGCUGACAUUGACAAUCAGCGAAGCUAAAGAAAGACUCAAGGCUAGGAAGAUCAAAAAAAGCAAAAUCAAAACGGCCCUGAUGCAGCAAAAGGAGGCAGAAGAAGACGGCCACAACUACAAAAAAGCAGACGCUCAUUUGAGAGAUGAAACAGAAGAGGAAGCGGUGGAAGUGAAGAAACACAUCCAGCGGAUGGUCAACGCCAGUUGUUCGACGCCGGCCUUACGUUUAGUGUACGUGCGACAACAACACGAGGCGGCGCCCAACGUCCGCUACCUUCCGGCUUGCACGUGGCUUCAUCGUUGCUCCGACGAAAUCGGAUGUUGCACCGAUGAUUCGAAAACUUGUUCCGCCUCACACAUCGAGUCCGUUUCCUUGCCCUUUUUCGUUUUAACAAUGACGGGGAUGGAAACGAAGAGAACGGUGACCCGUUUGUCGUUUGAAAAUCACACGUCGUGCGAAUGCGUUGGUCGCAAUAGCGACGUCAUGCCGCGAACGGAGCCUUACAGCAUUGCCGACGAGCCCGGCCAUCAUCAUCGUCGGCGUCCGUCCUCUCUGCUGCAUGACGGCACUAACAGCAGCGACGAAGGUAAAGACCAUCACGAACAUAGCAAGAAAAAAACGAAAAGCGUCCAGCUGCGUCGGCGACAACUCGGCCGAGUCGCCAUGGCCCGUUCGGCCGAUCCGCAUCUCUUUUUGCAGCAGCGUGAUCAAGAAAUAUUAGAGGAACAAGAAGAAGAAUUCGUCAGCGAAUCGUCCCAUCCGAUGAUAUCAAAGCGACAAUUAAGCGAUGCUCCACUUCAAACCAAGAACUUGAACCAUUCAAACGGGAGCCAAUGUCGUUGCCCUUCCGGUUACACGCCAGUCGGUAACGACAAAAAGAAGAGGACGACGACAACGUGCGGAAUGUGCCAGUGUUACGACGAAGAGAAUCGCCAUCACAGACACAGACAUCAGAGCAACAAUCGAGGGAAAUGGCCAUCGAAUCAUCGGCCAGCGCGUCAACCGCUGCUGCGUUGCGGCCGUUUGAAACGCGGGUUGGACGCGUUUUCUCCGCGUGACAGAGGGUGCAUCAUCGAGAAAAAGUGCGGGACUCCCGAAUGCGAUUACGGCCGUUACGUGCAGUUGGCAGGUCGUUGCCCGCGACGCAACGAAUUGCGACCGGCUUCUUCAUCCGUCAGCGGCUGAAUUCAUCCAGCCAAUGCACAGAUAUCGAAACAAUAAAACUAAAAACUAAAUAGCCUUUUAUAUACAUUAAACAGACAAUGUUUUGACACAUGUAACGGUCGUCGUUGUUUGUCGUCAUUGCCGUCAACUGUCGUCGUCGUCGUCGUUGUAUGGAUAUGCCCGAAAACAAAAACAAAACCACAGCACGAUACAUCAUCCCGCGCUUUAAAAAAAAAAAACAAACAAAAAAUCUCCUGCCGGCCUUAGCUCCAAUUCCAGCGCGUGAGAGACGCAGUCCACUGAGAAUGGCACCUUUUCCCUUUGCGGCCUUUGCUGAAAUCCAAUCCGUCCAGAUAAUAACCAAACACCUCCAACUGUUCCCCUUUUUGCGCACUGCACGACAACAUCUUCAACGACGAUUUCGACAAUCAGUCGUCACUCACAGACGCCAUCAACCAAUCACCAAACAACGAUUUCUAAAAACAUGACGCAAACGCCAGAGAACGGAAAUGGCUCAAGACAUCGAUCGAGUACGUAUCGCCAGGAAUGUUGUAUGUGUGCGUGUCACGAGUGUUAAAGGAUGACGUGUAAUUCCAAUUUGUUUUUAAGAGAAAAUAAUUCAAGACUGACAUUGCCGUGUAGUAUAUGUGAACGAUGUUGACAAUAACAGUUGGCCGUCGAAAACCAAA